AUGAAUCCUGGACUCGAUACUCUUUGCCACAAGCUCGAACAGACAUUGGCUCUCCGGCGCGAACAAGGGCGUCUGAUCGAACCGCCUUCGCCGGCAAAGCUGGACAGCUUGAUUGACUUCAGCUCUAAUGACUCGCUGUCUCUCACUACUUCCGGGAUUCUGACUGAGGCUUUCCUGAAACAGCUCAAGAUGCAUUCUGCGUUCACCAUCGGAAGUACCUCGUCGCGGAUUUUGGACGGUACAAAGCAGUACCUGCUUGACCUCGAACGGGACCUAGCCAAGUUCCACCGUGCCGAAACAGCCAUGUUCUUCAAUUCGGGCUACGAUGCCAACGUGGCUCUCUGGUCCACGAUUCCUCAGCCCGGUGACUUCAUUCUGUAUGAUGCGUAUGUGCAUGCGAGCAUCCACGAUGGGAUGCGCCGUGGUCGGGCAACCACACUGUCUUUCAAACACAACGAUUGCCAAGCCUUCAAGUUGUGUCUGGAGAAGAUCCGAACCGAGAACUCAGGAAUAGCAGAGGGACGUCAGGUGGUAUUCGUCGCUCUCGAAUCCUUCUACAGCAUGGACGGGGACUCCGCCCCCGUUGUCGAGCUGCUCGAGGUGGCGCACAAGGCACUCCCCCGGAAGAACUUCAUAUUUUCGAUCGACGAGGCGCAUUCCAAUGGGAUCAUGGGACCGAAUGGCUCUGGGUUUGUGUGUCACUACGGAUUGGAGGAGAAUUUCCCCAUCCGGCUUCAAACAUGUGGCAAGGCGCUGGGGUCCACGGGUGCUGCUCUUUUGAUUAUCUUUAGUACGGCACCGAGUUUCCUCAGUGUGGCUGCGGUGCGAGCAGGAUACGAUAUCAUAGGCAGUAAAGAAGGCGAAGAUCGUCGAAAACGCCUUCAAAGCAAUGUGUGCCGCUUCUACACACAAUUGACAUCGCAUCCAGGUUGGCCGCAGAUCAAACGCAAGGGCACUAUCUACCUCCCAACCGAACAUACUUGGUAUUUGGAGCCAAUCCAGUCUCCAAUAGUACCGGUGGUUCCUCGGCAUGACCUCGCAGUUAACCUGGGAAAGUACUUGGAGCAGGCCAAAUACAGGGUGAGUACCGUGCAUUACCCUAUUGUUCCCGACAGGUCGGGUCGCGUUCGGAUUGUUUUGCAUGCAGAUCAUACUCCGCAGCAGAUUGAUCAUGUUGUGGAACUUAUCAUGCAGUGGGCAAAUAAGCAGGGGGCAAGAGGGGCUCAUUUGUGA